CGCGCUGAGCAGGCGAACAAUGAUAUUUUAGCCUUUUAUAAGUCUGCGUCUGCUUCGUGGGUAUUCCACUCUGCCCGUUAGUUAUCGUUCAUCUCAUGUGCAAAACGCGGUACAGUCGUCUGGGAUUGUGUUGGCCAUCUCACACGUUCGGGCAAAUUAUAUUACUUGAUUGUUACCUGAAAAUUGAUAAGCUGAGAUUUCAAAUCGAGUGCGUGGAGGAUUCAGACGACAUCCCUGGUCAGAGGAAGAUUCGUUGAUAUCACUCAUUUGCAGUUGAGCUUGCUGAAUGGGAGACAUUAACCACGACUCCGCGGCAAUGGCUCCUGUAGCCAAAGAACUAAACGAGAAGGAGCUACUGAAUAAAAAGUUGGAGAAAGAAGAUGGAAAGAAAGACCGCGGUACCUGGACCAGUCAACUGGACUUUCUGCUCGCUCUGAUAGGAGCAUCUGUUGGUCUUGGAAACGUUUGGCGCUUCCCUUAUCUGUGUUACAAGAAUGGCGGAGGUGCAUUUCUAAUCCCGUACUUCAUCUGUUUGAUUCUUGGUGGGAUUCCUCAGUUGAUUCUAGAGAUCGGUCUUGGACAGUGGACAAACCAGGCUGCAGUGACUGCAUGGGAUAUCUGUCCGAUCUUCAAGGGUUUGGGUGGUGCUGGGAUGUUCAUCCAGUUUUUCCUGGACACCUACUACAUCGUGAUCAUGGCAUGGUCCCUCUACUACAUGUUCAUGUCCUUCACGUCCAAGCUUCCGUACUCUCACUGCGACAACGCGUGGAACACUCCUUGCUGCUUGGCCACCGGUGGUAUAGGCAAUGACACGGCUAAUGACAGCACUGUAAUGACACCGACGGCAAUGUCGUAUGACCCUACUGGAACACCUUCCAUCAACCUCACCGAUACUUGCAACGGAACAGUUUCAUCGACCGUCGAAUUCUGGGACCGCAAGAUCCUCCAGAUACAUUUAUCGGAUGGUAUUGAGCACCUCGGUGGCAUCAACUGGCAGCUUUUGCUCUGCAUGUUCCUCGCCUGGUUUCUCUGCUAUCUCUGCAUUUGUAAAGGUGUCAAGACGUCGGGAAAGGUGGUGUACUUCACAGCUCCUUUCCCGUACAUCCUCUUGACAAUCCUGUUGAUCCGAGCGGUCACUCUGCCCAAUGCUAUGGAUGGAAUAAUCUACUACCUCAAGCCUGAUAUCACAAGACUACGAGACAGUCAGGUAUGGAUGGAUGCAGCGACUCAGAUCUUCUUCUCCUACUCGCUUGGUCAAGGAGUCCUCAUUGCUCUCGGAAGCUACAAUAAACACAAGCAUAACUUCAUCAGGGAUGCUUUGAUAUUUUCUGUGGCUAAUUCUGGAACCAGUCUGUAUUCUGGCUUUGUCAUCUUUGCUGUGCUUGGAUUCAUGGCUGGUCAACAAGGCGUGGAUGUAUCAGUAGUAGCCAAGUCAGGACCUGGACUGGCCUUCAUUGCAUAUCCUGAAGCUAUAACACAGAUGCCGGCUUCUACUCUGUGGGCUGUGCUCUUCUUUCUCUGUCUUCUAGUCCUGGGUAUAGACAGUCAGUUUGUUGGUGUGGAAGGCUUCGUGGCUACUAUCGUGGACUUGUUUCCUAACACUCUCCUGAAAGGACACCGACGUGAAAUCUUCUGUAUCUUUGUCUGCUUGUUCUUCUGUAUUGCCGGAAUACCUAUGUGUACUUACGGAGGCAUGUACAUCUUCCAAUUGUUUGAUUACUAUGCAGCCAGUGGCUUUGUUCUUCUCUGGGUGUCGAUGUUUGAAAGCUUCACCAUCGGAUGGGCUUACGGUGGUCGCCGGUUCAUGAAGAAUGUGACGGAGAUGUCUGGUGUGAAAUGGAUUGCUCCUUACAUGGUUACAGCAUGGAUCUGUCUCUCUCCAUUAUUUACUUCUGCAAUCUUUAUCUUUAGUUUGGUGAAAUACAAGCCACUUACGUAUAACAACACCUAUGUGUACCCCUGGUGGGGUUAUAUGAUUGGAUGGAUCCUAGCCCUCAUGACCAUGGUCAACAUCCCUAUAUUCUUCUUUUACCAGUUAAUCUUCAAUGCCAAAGGAUCCCUUAUUGAGCGAUGGAACAUACUGACCACUCCAUACCUGCCUCACUGCCGGAGUGAAACGGUGAAUGCGCCCAACGUUCAUGUGAUUGAUCCCAUCUUUUCUAACAUGGAACUCGGCCACAACAACCACGGCGACGGGGAUGUGAUGAAGAAUGGAGGGGCCGAUAUGCCCCCACCACCCUAUAAUGAAUCCAUUGGAAUACAAACGUAUAAUGCGACAGAAAGCGUCUAAAAGCAAUACUUACCAGACAGUCAAUAGACCAUGGCUUUGCUGUAGAUGUUAUGAAAGGGAAUGUUUGAUAUUUUAUAUUAAAAAAAAAAUCCUAGAUGUAUUCACACAGGGUAGAUGGCCUAUUACUUCUAUGAUUUUGCAGCUUGCUCUUGACAACUUAGCUUUGAAAUUAACCCUAACUAGGCGAGGCUUGGGGCCGGGUUAUUUUGUUAGAUCACACCGAAAGAUCGCCACGCAUUUCCCCCAUAAAUUGCACAGACAAUUUGUUUUGAAAAAUAAAUUGAUUUCAUUGACUGUGCUAAUUCUUGCAUUUAUGCCUGAAAUCAAAAUUUUGUUCUAUUUAAAUCAAUUAUAUUUUUUGGUCUAGAUACUCUUUGGAACAUUCUUAACAACUCUAUUAAAAUGCAAUAUCAAUAUUAAUUUCUAUUAUUAUAAUGCAAUUUUAUAACAAAAUUUUUCAUUCAUAUAGACAACAUGCAAGUAACUAAUUGUUCUUAGCUGUUAACAAAAUAAUUAUGCAUUUAUGAAUAUUAAGCUGAAAACAAAAUUGGUAUUGUAUCUAAACAAAAUAAUUUGUUGUUCAUUGUACAUGUAUAAGAUUACCUGUAAUUUACGAAAUGCAUAUUUGACAUCAAUUGUGCGAGACUUGAAAGAAAAUAGGAAAGAUUUAGGUGUUAAUACCACCCCUGGUCUUAGUUAGGGUUAAAAAAAAAACAUUUCAUUGCAUUGCAUUCAAGAUCAUUGCUAGUAAUGAAGAAUACCCUCCAAACAUUAUGACAUGUUAUUAAUGACAAAUUAUAUUCUUGUUACCAAGCAUACCUUGCUAGCAACCAACUAAAUCAUAAAAUAAGCUAGUCUUAUUGGUUGGUAACAUUAUCUU